UCCAUUCCAUCUUUAAAAAUUCUCAACAAACUCUUCUGCCUCUACCUCUCACCAAUCCUCACCUUUAUUUCUCUCUUCCCAUUCUUCUCAUUUCAUUUCUCUGUCACCGCCUCUGUUUCUUCACCUUCCUCUGUUUCAAUCAUUCAAUGCUCAAACACAUUAUUAGAAUGUAUAUUUUCUUCAACCAUUCUCUCUGAAUUUCCCACCUCUGUUGCUGUAGCCAUUGCUUCAGGAGAAUCCAUCUGGUAGAGAAAAAAUGGAAAGUAAAUGGAGGAUCAACAUCACCAUGGUUCAUUCCUCAUCCGCUGCCAUUGCAUAUUCUGACUCUGUUUCAGCCACCACCUCUGCUUCUGUGGCCAUUGUUUGAGGAUCUGAGAUAGAAUCCAUUUUUGGGAAGAAAAAAUGGAAAGUAGGUGGAGAAAACUGUGGAUCAACAUGUGUGUUCAUGUUCCUAAGACAGUGAAUCAUUCUUCAUCCUCCAACGGCUCCGCCACCUCGUUUUCUGGUCAUGUUUUGACUUCCGGCGAUGGUUCCGGUUACCGGGCAACAACUCCGACAUCCUCUUCCUCGUCCUCGUCCUCUGGUCUCCGCCUCUCCAAAUCUAAAUCCUCCAAGCAGGGAACAUGUGCAAUAUGCUUGAAUUCAUUGAAAGCAGGAAAAGGGCAUGCCAUUUUUACUGCAGAAUGUUCUCACUCUUUCCAUUUCCAUUGCAUCACAUCUAAUGUAAAACAUGGGCAUCAGGUGUGUCCUGUAUGUAGAGCAAACUGGAAAGAGGUUCCUUUUCCACGCCCGGCUUCUAAUGUCCCACAAAAAGUUGGUGCAGGUCGGAUCAAUGCAUCACUUGACAAUUUUUCGGAACCAGCUAUCUUUGAUGAUGAUGAUGAGGUUUUGGACCAACAACCUUCAAUUGCUCACAACAUGAAUGAGGUUGAUUGCAAUAUAAUUAACUCAAUGGAGAUCAAAACUUACCCUGAAGUUUCAGCUAUUUCAAAGUCAGCCUCUUAUGAUAACUUUGCGGUGUUAGUUCAUCUCAAAGCUCCUUCUCAUUCCCAAAAACAACUAAAUAAUGGCAGGAACAAUACCGAAUCUUCAGAGCCAGUUCAUAAGUCACGUGCUCCAAUUGACCUCGUGACAGUUCUUGACGUAAGUGGGAGCAUGGCAGGUACAAAGAUUGCAUUACUAAAACGAGCUAUGGGAUUUGUCAUACAGAAUCUAAGUUCAUCAGACCGGCUUUCUGUUGUUGCCUUUUCCUCCACAGCCCGCCGCAUCUUCCCUCUACGGCAGAUGACUGAGACCGGACGGCAGCAGGCCUUACAAGCAGUUAAUUCAUUGGAUCCAGAUAGUGGAACAAAUAUUGCUGAAGGUUUGAAGAAAGGGGUUAAGGUGUUUGCUGAACGCAAGUGGAAGAAUCCAGUGGGGAGUAUCAUGUUGCUAUCUGAUGGGCAGGAUACAUACACAUUCAGCAGGCCCCGUGUUGAAGCUGAUUACCGGUCUCUUGUGCCAAGCUCCAUUCAUCGUAGUAAUUGUGAGGGUAUGCAUAUACCAGUUCAUGCUUUUGGAUUUGGUGCUGACCAUGAUGCUACUGCAAUGCAUUCAAUCUCUGAGAUUACUGGGGGCACGUUCUCUUUUAUUGAAACUGAGGAUAUGAUUCAGGAUGCAUUUGCACAGUGUCUUGGGGGACUUAUGAGCGUGGUAGUUCAGGAAUUACAGAUAGAAGUUCGGUGUUUUAACCCUUGUCUACAACUUAGUUCAGUGAAAGCAGGUAGUUACCAAACUAGAUUGAUUAACAAUGCAAGAAUGGCAUGUAUUAAGGUAGGAGACUUGUAUGCUGAAGAAGAAAGAGACUUUUUCAUAACAAUGAAUGUUCCUGCUGAUGAUUCUAGUGAUGAGAUGUCAUUGUUGAUUGUUAGAGGCUUGUACAGAGACCCUACCACAAAGGAAAUGGUGGGUUUGGAUGUAACUAGUGAAGUGAAAAUUCAGAGACCUGAUAUAGCUAGAGGAGUAGCUGUCUCCAUAGAAGUAGACAAGCAGCGAAAUAGGAAUUUAGCAACGGAGGCAAUGACUGAAGCUAGAGUUAAAGCUGAGCGCGGCGACUUUGUUGCUGCAGUUUCUACCUUGGAGAGUUGUCAAAGGGCACUGUCUGAAACUGUUUCGGCCCGAGCUGGUGAUAGCUUAUGUGUUUCUUUGUCUGCUGAACUGAAGGAGAUGCAAGAGAGGAUGGAAAACCGGCGAAUUUAUGAACAGUCUGGAAGAGCUUAUCUUCUAUCAGGAAUUAGCUCUCAUUCAUCUCAAAGAGCAACUACACGAGGUGAUUCCACAGACACCACCAGAUCAUACCAAACCGCUUCCCAGGUAGACAUGAUUACCCGUUCCCAAACCAUGCUUAUGAGGACCACACAACCUGGAAAUAGCCUCCCUCCUUCUAAAUCCUUCAAUGACCGGCUGGGAAGAAAGAAAUAAUCAUGAAACUGUGUUUAGAAAAUUAUUUACGUUUUAUUUUAGGCAGUUAAAGUUACUAAUUAUGCCAUUGUAAAACUAUGCAUUGAUUAGAUGAAGGAUGAAGAACAAAUUUGAUAUUAAGACAUCAUUAUUAGAGAUAAUGCAUUUUUUCCAGUUCAA